AUGGCACGCAAUGUGGCAGCGGUUAAUCGCAUUAUUGCUCUGUUAACCGGUGACAAAUCCUUCAACCGACACUUCCGAACUAUCCAGGCGGUUUCCGUCACCGACGAUUGUCUAAGAUGCCGAUUUCAAGUAACGCAAGCGGAAGCCAAUUCUUUCGGAACCCUCCAUGGUGGUUUUAUCUCAGGUGCGGUUGAUUUUAUUUCUUCCGUUGAUCUGGUUGCUUAUGGCCAUCAUAAGCACGUCACGGUGAACCUGGCGAUAGAAUGCCACAAACCCGCCAUCCUAAACUCGUGGAUCAAAGUGGAUUCUCAAGUUCUGAACAUAGGUAAAAGACUAGCCUUCUGUGACGUGAAGUUCGUGGAUGAGGAGUCGGGGAAACUUCUAGCCUGUGGAUCACAUACGAAAUUCCUACUGGAAUAG